AUGACAUGUAAGUUGGAUAGGGCUCAGCACUGGAUCCACCCGUACGAUUUCCUUGUGGGCUUGAGUGGUGCACGUACCACACCAUCCAAGGUACUUCGUCGUGGAGUCGCCCAAAAGUCACACCUCCCCCAGCAACGGCUUCUCCGAGCCCACAUUGCGAACGGAAAUGGGCGCGCGGCUUGUGCCGCCAACGGCUAG